GUAGACGGUUCCUACCCGAACGCCAGCCAUGUCAUGGUCGCCAUGGACAUCGCAGGCGACCUCCGGCGUGGCCCGCCGAAGUUUCUGCUUCAGAACCUGCUGGCACACACUGUGGAGCCGUCGGCGAAGAACUACAACAUUGCCAUCUCCCGAUGCCGGUGGCCAACUGCCCACAGUCUGCUGCAGACCAUGCAGGGUGCGGGUUUGCGGCGGGAUGUGUUUGGCUUCAGCAGCGCUAUGGCCAUGGGCCCCUGGCGGCGAGCGCUGUGGCUCUGGCAAGAGAUGGCCCUGGCGCCAAUACCGCGGAACACAGUCACCUGCAACGCCCUGAUCCGCACAUGAUUCAUGCUGGUCGUGAACUCUGCAGCAGGCAUGACCACGCCCAUAAAAGCACUUGUGCGGAGCAGUGGCAUUUGGUGCUGGCGUUGUUGGAUCUGCAGCUCAACGUCAUUGGCUUCAGCACCGCCAUCAGCGCCAUGGGCUCGUGGCCGCGGGCGCUGCAUCUCUUGCAAGUGAUGCCGGGGAGGGCUGUGACUCCCGACCGCUACAGCAUUUCCGCAUGUGGAGAGAACUGGGCAAUGGCGCUUCAAUGCUUAUCAUGGUGUCUGGCAAACGUGUCAACACCCAGCGUCUUCAGCUUCAAUGCGGCUGUGAACUCUUGUGGCAAAGCUGGGCACUGGCAGAUCGCGCUCGGAUUGUUGAUGGAGUUUCCUGAGCGGGUAGUGCUACCGAAUGCGGUGAGCUACAGCAGCGCAAUCAGUGCAGCAGCAAUGGCAGGCAAGUGGCAGAUUGCCAUAUUUUUGCUUGAUGACAUGGCCUCUGCUGACAUCGACCCUGAUGAGAUCAGCUGCUGCAGUGCAAUCAGUGCCUGUGAGGCAGGCGCAUGGCAGUGCGCGCUUCAGAUUUUGGACGACAUGCUGGCAGCUGUUAUUCUGCCAAAUGCGAUCAGCUGCAGCAGUACUGUCAGCGCCUGUGAAAAGUGCGGUCAGUGGCAGAUGGUCCUGUGCCUCCUGGCCGAGAUGCGGCUGGCAGCUGCUGUGCCCGAUGAAAUCACCUACAACAGUGCCAUCAGUGCCUGCAAAGACGCUGGACGAUGGCAGCUGGCAGUUUGGCUCCUUCAGGAGCUGAGAGCUGCCAAAGUGCGGCCGCAGCAAAUCAGUUACACCUCCGUCACCUUCGCUUGUGAGAGAGCCUCGCAGCAAUGCGUCAUGUAAGGUGCAUCGGGAUAUCGGCCCGGCUUGGCUUGGCAUUUUGGGCUCGGCACUUCAAUUGCAUGUGAUUUCGUGUACAUGAAGCAUUUGCCAGUUCGGCGGAUCGUUUACGC